GCCCAAUAACUCUGUCUCUUUUUUUCAGAAUGUUUCAACAAUUAUGGUCAACGGCCUCAGCUAGAUUUGGUGUUGCUGCCAUGAACGCUACACGUCCUUCUAUGCUUACCCAAGGUUCUAGCAUUUUAUCUGCUAGUAUGGGAGCUUUCCGUAACCCUAUCAGCAGUGCCAUGAACACUGCAACACAAAUGCGUUUCGUCACAUACGGUAACACCUAUCAACCUUCUCAGCUUGUUCGUAAGAGAAGACAUGGAUUUUUAGGCCGUUUAGCCACAAAGACAGGUCGCCGUGUUAUUAUCAGACGUCGUAUGAAGGGUAGAAAGUUUUUAUCUCAUUAAAGCAUUCUCCGCACACACAUACACUCUAUCUCUCAACCAACAACACAUCCAAAGUAUUCAACCUGUACAUUUAUUUCCCCCUCGCUUUUUUUUACGCUUAUUAAACAGAGAAAACAAAUUAGAACUUUUUUUUAUAUUAAAGAGGAAGAUACAAUGGAAGAAAAUACACUAGGU